AUGCCGAAAGCCGCGGGUGUCUUGGUACUGAGGAAGGCAUGUGUCUCGUGUACGAAAUCAAAGCGGCGAUGUAUCGUACAACUGCCGAAAUGUGUGCGCUGUGCCUCUAAGAACAUCUCCUGCGUAUUUGAGUUGCAGCCACUGGUCAAAGAUAACACGACCGCUGCCGCUCAAGCGCUUCCAGAUCUGGCAAUAACCACUUCUGCUAACGGACCAUGCUGCUCCACGCUCUGCUGGCUAGAUCUGGUGAGCAGGCCGGAAUUCGCCGAUCGCAUCAAGCUCGUGCGCAUGGAUCACGGCCUCAUGCAUCUUAGCCCAGCCCAUCCCGCCAUGGAAAUUCAGGUUGAUCCAGAGACUGAAAACUACUUAAUGAACGAGCUGCAACGAAUUCCCAGCCUGGCAGCUGCCGGUCAAAUCAAUGCCUUCAUCCAUCCCAAGCUGCGGAUGAAGAAUGUGCGAGACCACGUUGACGUGAUUCUGGCCGCGUGCCGAGGCGACGAACAGCUGGAGCAUUCUUUCAAAGACCUGGUGCAGACGGAAGUGGCCAAAGAGGAUCUGGAGGGCUUACUGGCGGCAGUCCAGUCGCUUAUGCUCUACCUUGUCAUCGCGCUGAAUGGCCCGGACAGCACUAAUCGUGCUUGGGGCGAGGGCCUGCUUCCACUGCUGAAGAAUUGGAUCGAAGCGUUGUUGAUAUCGGCAAGAGAGAAAAUGCCCCAACACCACAGUCCGUGGCGGUCAUGGAUAUUGGCCGAAAGCGUGCGCCGGACUAUUAUCGUCGGAUUCGUCAUUGGAUGUGCCUUCCAGCACGUGCGGCUUGGCUAUUGCGUGCAUAAGCUCUUUGUAGAGUCUCUGCCAUUCGAUGCGAGACCUGGACUGUGGGUGGCUCGAUCACCUCAGGCUUGGAGUGCUUCUGCAGGCCAUUCAAUAGGCGCCAAGGUGGGCGAGCAGCUGACCAGUUUCCACGACUUCGCGCUUAGCUAUCCACAUGUAAGCGAAAGCGCUAACCACGAUCCGCUGCAGAGGAUCAUCCUUGUGGCUCAUUAUGGAAAGUGGAGGAUCGUUGAGCGGAUGGGUUAG